UUCCCGCCAUCUCUCGAAUCUUCCAGAACAUAAUGCCCUAAAGCCCAUCUUCCUCCCCCUUUUUAUUCCUCCCGAAUCCUCUCUCAAAACUCAACAGUGUUAGAACCAAGAAACACAAACAAUGGAUGCAAGAAUCUUCCGAUUGGAGAAUCCCCUCUUCUCUGCGCUGCAGCACCUGGUAGAAGACCAGCCGGGCGAUGUAGACAAAGCCCUCAACGCCCCAACGAGGACCUAUGUGCGCGACGCACGAGCAAUGGCUUCAACGCCGGCCGACAUAAAGGAGCUGCAAUCAGCCUACAAAUUCGUACUCGAUAUGCCUGGAGUGAAAUCCGGCGAGAUCAAGGUUCAGGUCGAGGAUGGCAACAUGCUCGUCAUUACGGGUGAGCGCAGCCGGGAUGAGGACGACAAGGAAGGCAACGGUAAGUUCAUUCGAUUGGAACGAAGGGUGGGUAAAUUCAUGCGCAAGUUCUCUCUUCCGGACAACGCAAAUCUGGAAGCGAUAUCUGCCGUCUGCCGCGAUGGGGUUCUGACCGUAACCGUGCAGAAGCUGCCGCCGCCGGAGCCCAAGAAGGUGAAGACAAUAGAGGUCAAGAUUGCUUGAAUCGACUUGUUUGUUUGAAAUCCUUGGCUUUGUUCGACUGUUUUUACUACGUGUCUGUUGAUGUUUUGUGUUUUGGCAUUGGUCUGAGAUCGGAUUCUUGUAAUCUAGUCUCAUUCCGACCGGGUUUUGUCGUUCUGUGAUUGUUCGUAAACAAUUUUAAAUCGUAUGAUAUGAUAUGUUGCGAUGUUGCGCUUUUUUA